GAUUUAUUUUAAUAUAUUGUUCCUUAAUCCUUGUCGUUGGAAGAUUUUCAUACUAUUCAGACACAUUUCACAUUAAAUUUAGUGCAUUAUUAUUUACUUACGUCUAUUAUAGUAAUACAUCCGAUACUUUAUAAUAUUCUACAUUCGGUAAUCGUUGCAAGGAAUAUCACUGUAAUCGAAAUUCCAAAUCUCUUUCUAGUUUUGAACCGGUACGCAACCAGUAAGUAGCUGUAAGUCUGAAGUCAUGAGCGCUACGUUAUAAUUCACAAUCAUUCCGUUUGCGUAAUCGAAGUUUCCUAUCCUCACAGAUACUCGUCCUAGGUUUACCAUUAUUAUUUUUUAGUAAUUUUAGUCAUGGAAUCAAUCUCCAAAAGCUUUUCUAAUACACACUUGAAUAACAAAAACUCAAAUGAGCCAACUGCAGACACUCAAAGCAACACUUCUAGUGAAGAAGACAAAGAAUUGCCAGCGUCUGAAAAAUCAUUAUUGCAGAAAAUUGUGCGUACGGGUCUCAUAACAUCCAAACAUGACAUUGAGGUGCAAAGACGGGACCCAAAAUCACCAUUAUAUUCAAUCAAAUCAUUAGAGUUACUUAAACUUCAUCCAAACUUGCUUAAAGGAGUUUAUGAAAUGGGUUAUAAUGCACCUUCAAAGAUACAAGAAACAGCACUACCUUUACUCUUAGCGAAUCCUCCUCAAAAUUUGAUUGCUCAGUCACAGUCAGGUACCGGAAAAACAGCAGCAUUUGUUUUGGCUAUGUUAAGUAGAGUUAAUCCGGAAUUUCAGUAUCCACAGGUAGUUUGUUUGUCCCCCACGUAUGAAUUAGCCAUUCAAACAGGGGAAGUUGCUGCAAAAAUGUCUACCUACUGUCCAAACAUUAGGCUAAGGUAUGCUGUUCGUGGUGAAGAUGUUGAAAGAGGUUCCAAAAUAGAGGAACAAGUUAUUGUGGGCACACCUGGAAAAGUUUUGGAUUGGGCAACUAAGUACAAAUUUUUUGACCCAAAACAUAUUAAAGUAUUUGUGUUAGACGAAGCUGAUAUUAUGGUUGAUACCCAAGGUCAUCAAGAUCAAAGUUUCCGCAUUAGAAAGUUACUACCAGAAACAUGUCAAAUGAUGUUUUUUUCGGCCACAUAUACAGAAGAUGUUAUGCGAUUUGCCAAUGCUAUUGCACCUAUGUCUGUCAUCAUACGAUUAAAACGUGAAGAAGAAACAUUAGAUAAUAUCAGACAAUACUAUGUUAACUGCAACAACAAAGAAGAUAAAUACAAUGCAUUAGUUAAUAUUUAUGGAGGAGUGACUAUUGGACAAGCUAUGAUCUUUUGUCAGACAAAAAAAAUGGCUCUAUGGUUAGUUACUCAAAUGGAAGAACAAGGACAUGCUGUAGCUUUAUUAUCUGGUGAACUUACAGUCCAACAAAGAAUAUCUGUUUUGGACCGUUUCCGUGAAGGAAAAGAAAAAGUUUUGGUUACUACAAACGUAUUGUCUAGAGGUAUUGAUAUUGAGCAAGUCACGAUUGUUAUUAAUUUUGAUUUGCCCUUGACAGUCACUCGUGAACCUGAUUAUGAUACAUAUUUACAUAGAAUAGGACGUACUGGUCGUUUUGGUAAAAAGGGUAUUGCUAUCAACCUUGUUAGUGGUAGUUCGGAUCAUCUUAUAUUGAAACAAAUUGAAGAACAUUUUUGUAAACCUAUUGAAUGUUUGAAUACUGACAAUGCAGAUGACAUGGAAAAAUUGGGAGCCGAGGAUUGAUUUGUAAUAAUUACCUG